AUGUACGAAUGCUGCCAACUCGAAAUGCGGGGGAUUUCACUGACAUGCACAUCAGUCCUUAGAGAAGACAUCGAGCUUCAAGCUGACUGGUUGCUCGACCUUUCUGAAGACACCAAUGGUGCAUGCUCAUAUUCAUGGUCGGGUCCAAUAGAUCCGCUACCCCCGGGGGCAAAUAGUGCAGACUUCGUUUCCGCCAAAGACCUUGACUCCAAUGCGGCAAAUAUUCCACUUGAAACCGACACGCAUGGCAAGCCAUCAGAUAAGAGCUCAGAUCCUCUUAUGGCAGCCUUCGGUGACUCAGUUCCCAAAGAGCAUGAUGAAUUUGCUUGGCUGGAUGAAUCAUUCAAUUUGAUCCCUACACGCGAACCCGUUCAAGUUAAUCAAUCAUCAUUCGGUCACCCAUCUGGGCCAACUGCAUCAUCGCCAUGUGAAAAUCUUGAGCACAAGCACUCGAUCUCAACAUCAAGACACAAUGUACCAGGAGAUCAGCUAGAAGGUCACAAGGGGCUUCCUCGGCGAAGAAGCAGGUACACGAUCCAACAGUUCGAUCAUGGAUUAAAUGCCGCCUUCAUUCCGCCAUCUGCAGCUCCAUCAGAUCCCUUGGAGCGCUGGAAAGAAUCGCCACCUGAGGGCGAGGCUGCAAGUCUAUCCGCUAUAAAAGACGCACUUGAACAAUCUUCCGCUUAUCCCGGAAGAUCUCAGACCCCCGGUACACCCAAUUCAAGAGCAGAGCAUUUAUUCCGAGUGCAUCGUCGCUCAGCAUCCCGAGCACCAUCCACAACAAGUGGAGAAAGUGCUACAAGUAUGUCUUCUCAGCGCUCUAAUAGAUCAGGGCUUUCCGCUUUGUCUAACGGGAGCCAAGCGCCUGCCAAUAAGACUUCUUCGGGGGUUCAAAAGAAAACAAAGAAACAAGCCGGUGCAAACAGAGCAAAAAGAAGCUCGGCUAACAAUCCUCGCAUAUUCUGCUGUACGUUUUGCUGUGAUAAGUUCAAGAGCAAAUAUGACUGGAUGCGCCACGAAAAGGCUCUACACCUUAAUUUAGAAACCUGGGUUUGCACGCCAUUUGGAGGGGCUGUGGUCAUGGAAGCAACCGGUAGAGCUCAUUGUGCCUAUUGCAAUCAGCUUGAUCCAUCGCUACAGCACCUUGAUCAACACAAUCACGGGCCCUGCCAACAACGAAUGCGUACUUUCCGAAGAAAAGAUCAUCUCCUACAACAUCUUCGACUCUUCCAUCAUCUCGAGACUAUGCCAUUAGUCGAUGACUGGAAACAACUUAAGACCGAUCUUCCUUCUCGGUGCGGAUUCUGUGACGGUCGAAUGUCCAGCUGGGAGGAGAGAGCCGAUCAUUUGACAUUUCACUUUCGCAAGGGAUCCACCAUGGCCAACUGGAAAGGAGAUCAUGACUUUCCUCCAGACAUCACUGCACAGCUCACACACAGUGUCCCGCCCUAUAUGCUGGACUUUGAGUCACGAAGUUUCGUUCCUUUUUCGGCCACUAACAGGGAUGUCAAUGAUCAUCUCUCCCAGAUGAUGUCCCGAGCUGCGUUUGCGGAUGAAGCAGGUGUGCCUCAACCUCUUCCAGAAUUUUCGGAAACGGGGCUACAUCUUGCUCAGGAUACUCAACUGGAUUCUUAUACGGAAGUCCUCACGCGUCAUUUGAGCCAUUACGCACGACAUAUGAUGGGCAGCGGCAUCAUCCCCACCGAUGAAAUGUUUCAACUCGAGGCAAGACGGCUUUUGUUUGAUUCGGAAGACCAGUGGAACCAAACGAUGGCUGAUAAUCAUGAAUGGUUGGCUAGUUUCCGAGAAACGCAAGGCAGUAAGGGUGCUGUUCAGAACCCGGAAUAG